AGUUCACCUGCCCCACAGCCGCACCCUGCCUGUGCCUGUGCCCCGGGGAGCCCAGAGCCUGCAGGGGCCGAGGCGGUGGGACUUCGGGGGAGCUUAAGCCUCGACUGUCCCCUCGCUGGAGGCCGGAGGCCAAGAUGAUGUCCAUGCUGGGCGGCUUGCAAAGGUACUUCCGGGUCAUCCUCCUCCUCCUCCUGGCCCUGACUCUGCUCCUGCUGGCCAGAUUCCUGCACUCGGACUUAGAGCCGGACACACCACUGUUUGGGGGCCAGGCCGAGGGGCCGCCGGUCACCAACAUCAUGUUCCUGAAGACGCACAAGACGGCCAGCAGCACGGUGCUCAACAUCCUCUACCGCUUCGCCGAGACCCACAACCUGUCCGUGGCGCUGCCCGCCGGCUCACGCGUCCACCUGGGCUACCCCUGGCUCUUCCUGGCGCGCUACGUGGAAGGCGUGGGGUCGCAGCAGCGCUUCAACAUCAUGUGCAACCACCUGAGGUUCAACCUGCCUGAGGUGCAGAAAGUCAUGCCCAACGACACCUUCUAUUUCUCCAUCCUGAGGAACCCCGUGUUCCAGCUGGAGUCCUCCUUCAUCUACUACAAAACCUACGCCCCCGCCUUCCGGGGCGCUCCGAGCCUGGACGCGUUCCUGGCCUCGCCGCGGACGUUCUACAACGACAGCCGCCUCCUCAGGAACGUCUACGCCAAGAACAACAUGUGGUUCGACUUCGGCUUCGAGCCCAACGCGCAGUGCGAGGAGGGCUACGUGCGCGCGCGCAUCGCCGAGGUGGAGCGGCGCUUCCAGCUGGUGCUCAUCGCCGAGCACCUGGACGAGUCCCUGGUGCUGCUGCGGCGCCGGCUGCGCUGGGCGCUGGACGACGUGGUGGCUUUCAGGCUCAACUCCCGCAGCGCGCGCUCCGUGGCCCGCCUGUCGCCCGAGGCCCGGGAGCGCGCGCGGAGCUGGUGCGCGCUGGACUGGCGCCUGUACGAGCAUUUCAACCGCACCCUCUGGGCGCAGCUGCGCGCCGAGCUGGGGCCGCGGCGGCUGCGUGGGGAGGUGGAACGGCUGCGCGCCCGGAGGCGCGAACUCGCGACCCUGUGCCUGCAGGACGGCGGCGCGCUGAAGAACCACACGCAGAUCAGAGACCCGCGCCUGCGCCCGUACCAGCCCGGCAGGGCCGACAUCCUGGGCUACAACCUCCGGCCGGGCCUGGACAACCAGACGCUGGGCGUGUGCCAGAGGCUUGUGAUGCCUGAGCUCCAGUACAUGGCCCUCCUGUACGCCCUGCAGUUCCCGGAGAAGCCCCGCAAGAACAUCCCGUUCCUGGGGCCGUAGAGGGGCCGGGCCGGGGACGAGGCCUCCUGCGGACACCAGCCCCUCUCUCCGCCGUCACCGGGGAGGCCGGGGAUCCUCGCAGGGCUUCUGGGGCGUUGGGAAACCCAGGCCCGCCGGCCACGGCUCUAAAAUGAAGAGGGCGGAGACCCCAGUGAGGAGCAUCCCCAACAAUCCGCCCAGAUCCCUCCCAGAGAGGGCCCUGAGCCCAGGCGGCAGCCACCCGCCCCCGCUUCCGAGGCUGUGCCUCUGUUCACUGAGUAGAACUGAACAUGAGGGUGGGGAGUGGGGGAUGCUGGAUCACAGGUCAGCACCUCCCCGGCAGGACGCGCAUGCCCGUGAGCCCCGGGACUCCCCAGGGUCCUGGGCACUGCGGCUGUGGGUCCUCAGAGAAACUCAGAGUGGCUUCCCUGAAUUUCCCGGCCCUGGCGACAAGGCGCUGGUCCCAGAGACAGGUGCAGGCACAGGCAGUGCCACAAAGACCGGCCCGGGAGCGGGUCAGGGGCCAGGGCUCAGCCGCUCCCGAACAGCUCCACAUCUUUCGCUGUAGGAGGUUUGGUUUUGAUGAAGGAUGUUUUCUACAGAGAGAUGGCACAACUGCUCACAAGACCAGGGCUCUAGCCGGAGCCCAGGUCGAGCUCGGCUCCACGACCCCUACUGGUCAGCCCCUAAUGCCUCGUGAAGGAGAGGAGUCUCACUUGCCAAAGGAGGCUGGAGUGGUUGGGGGUCCACACACCCUUUGUUGCCUUGGAGACCAUGUUGGGUGCCAGAGGGCAGCUGUGGGCACCCCUCUUUGUCAUUCACAGGGAGGGACAGAGCCUCCCUGCCUGGCAAGACGUGAUCGCUGGCUGCCAGGGGCUCAGCGGGUAAAGGGGGUGCACUCGCCGGGACCAGCCGAUGCCUGGGGCACCCAGGAAACGCAGCUACUCUGCAGCACGCUCAGCCUGGAGGCUGAGACCCCAGCAGUGGGUUAGGCCUGCAGGUCUAGGUGUGUCCACGCUUUUUUAGGGGGCAGGAAACCAGCAUUUCAAAGAAGGGAGAGAACCCGAAACAGCAGCAUAGGCAGCUCCCUCGGACCCCAGUGUAAUGGGGGAGCUUCAGGAAGAGUGAAUUUUCAGUGAGAGUCGGCCGUGAAGAAUGGCAGAAGCUCCGCUGAGUCAGAGUCAGCCAGGGACCUCUGCAGGCCACCCUCCCUCCCUCUCAGCCCAGGGAC